CCAAAACGCGAGAGAUCACUCCAAUUCCUUCUCGCCAUACGAAUAAACAAACGCUAAAAACGGGGACGAUAAAAGAAUCCUCCCAGGUUGAAAAGAAGAAGUCGUCGUCCUUCAUGAUCGGGACCCGCGACCUACUGUGGUCGUUCUGAUCGUUAGGUGAGCGGGUGCGUCCCUGUCUCUCUCGCUGCCCACGUGAUUCUCCGUCUGAUGGCAUCGCCUUGUACGAUGCGCCGACGGGUUUCUUGAAGCAGCGGGCGCGCGGGCGGGCCAAAGCGGAGCAUCUUCCUCGUAGGGAAAUCCCUCGUACUUGCUGUGCGAACCGCGAUGACGAUCUUUCCGUUUUCGUGGCCAAAAGGGUUCCCCACCCGUGCGUUGCUGACUGCUGAGCUCUGUCUCUCCCAGCGUGGAAAAGAAACAAUAAAUUAACAGAGGAAGGAAGAAGGAAGAAGGAAGAAGAGUGAACAGAAAAGAACUUCACCAGCUGACCCAAGUGAGUAGCGCAUGCCUGUUCCCCCACCUGCUCACUUACCACCCUCCCCAACAUUCCCCCUCUCCACCCACCACCCGCUGAUUCCCAUCUUGACUUUCUUGGUCCCCUCUCCUCGCUCCUCCCCUGUUCACUCCCUGCCUCGCGUGGCUACAGAGUGCUCGAUAAAUCUUGGCGAGAGCUCAAGAGAGAUAGGAAGCAGAGGCUGGUCUCUCUCUCUCUCUCUCUCUCUCUUCUCUUUCUUCGCAUCUUCGCGGAGGGCCUUAUGGCGAGGUGCGCCAGGUGCUGGGUUCGCGGCUCGAUGAGAGCGAUGAAUGUGAUCGUGAACAUCUGUGGGGUCGGCAUGAUCAUAUACUCCCUCUGGCUCCAGAAGAUGUGGGACGAUGGCGUUGCUCUGCUUCCCUCUGUCGCCAACCUGCCUCUGCCAUGGCAUCGGUAUCGCUGUCUGCUUCAGCACGCUCUUCGGCCAUGUGGUUGCUAAUUGUAUUGGCAAUUCUUCUUUGUGCAUAUACAUUAUCACUUUGUUAUCCCUUCUUUUUCUUGAAGCGACAGUUCUGGUCUUGAUAUUCUUCAAGAUGGAUUGGGCAAAGCUAAUUUCGGAGUAUAUUGAUGAGCACAAUGAGCAGUUCAAGGUUUUCGUGGUCUUCCACUUGAAAAUGUGUCGCCUGAUUGUAAUCCUGAUUUUGUUGCUACAGAUCAUCGUCAUCGUGUUUGCGGUAAUCCUCUGGGCUGUUGGUACGGGACCGACGACUGAUCAGACACCGGACGUCAGUAAUUUGAGACAAUCCUUUCUGGUCUGGCCCAGCGCACCGGCACUCAUCGAGAAUUCACAAACUUGCACAAGAUGCGGAGAAUUGCAAAGUAGAAACCUGCUCCAGAGCUAUGCAUCACGUCUCAAGCGCGCAAUCAUGACCAGACUUAACCGGACAUCAAUGAAUGACAAUUGAUUCUUUCUUCCUUAGAUGAACUGAUCAAUCUGCAGCAAGCUCAUCCUCCACAGCACAGGUUCAGGAGCAGUACUAGAGGUCGUGGAAGAUCUGUGCAUUCAACCCAGAUGAGUAGAACGUUUGGAAAUCGGUCCCGCUGCGAUUACGCCACAAAAUAGAGGCUACCGGAGCUCUCAUUCUCAACCGGGUUUCGCAAUCGAAGAAAAUGGGGUUCUCAUAAGCCACAGGCUUAUCGGCUCGGCAAUGCAAUACGUUGUCCUGAUCCUUCGCGUCAUCGGCGGUGGCGGGAGCCGCCCUAUACGGUGGAACUACAGUGGGGAGAGGUCCCUAGUUCUUUGGAGACAUCCUUAGUUUGAGCACAGGAAUCAGUACGAGGAAAAUGAGAGUCCUGGGAUUUUGCCUCUUCUGAUCUUACGGGCGCUAUAAGAAACUUCAGUUUAGGCUGAACAGGGGAAUUACACAACGGUCGCAUCGUCGAAAUUCAUGUCCGGAUGAGAUCGUUGUCGUCCCAAAAACGGCCAAUGCCCAAGGGCGAGAGCGAUAUUUCAUCUUGAUUUUUGUGCCGAGUUUAGCAUUUAUUGAAGUUUAUCUCUUGGAUGAGUUGAUCCUAUCUUAUCCAUUCUUAAUCCGUAAUUUCCAUAUUUA